GCGAUAGGGCUUGCACAUUUUAGUGUCUAAUAUUUUACUUGACCACUUGCAAGUGUUUAAGAUAGAGAUAGAAGGGCAUUUAAGAGCUUUGAGAUUUUGUGAAAGAACUUUAUGAGAAAAAAGUAUUAUUUUAAAAGCAUAUUAUUUCAUCUGCCACGUUAAACAAUGACCAUGGAAAUUGAUGAACCAAUUCCAAAGAACGUAAUGGCAGCUUCUGGCACAACUGGCAGUGUUUCAGUUUCUUUACACCCUCUUGUCAUUAUGAAUAUUUCUGAACACUGGACUAGGAUUAGAGCUCAAGAAGGAAGUCCACAACAAGUCAUUGGAGCACUCAUAGGAAAACAAAGGGGUCGUAACUUGGAAAUAAUGAAUUCAUUUGAGCUCUUAUUUGAUCGUAUUGAAAACAGUAUAAUCAUUGACAAGGAUUAUUACAACCAUAAAGAGCAACAAUUUAAGCAAGUUUUCAGUGAUCUUGAUUUCCUUGGCUGGUAUACUACAGGAGAUGGACCUAAUGAAUCUGACAUUCAGGUUCUCAAACAGAUCUGUGAAAUAAAUGAAAGUCCAGUGUUUUUAAAACUUAACCCUCAAGCUCGGCAUACAGAGUUACCUGUCACCAUGUAUGAGUCUGUGAUUGAUCUUGUGAGUGGUGAGGCCACUAUGUUGUUUGUAGAAUUACCAUUUACAUUGGCCACAGAAGAGGCAGAAAGGAUUGGAUUGGAUCAUAUGGCUCGUAUGUCAUCAAAUGAAUCUGGUGAAAGUUCACUUGUGGCAGAACAUCUUCAGGCUCAGUACAGUGCUAUCAAAAUGCUUCACAGUCGAGUUCGUCUUAUCUUAGAUUAUGUGCGAGCAGUACAAGCAGGGAAAGUUCCAAAAAAUCAUGAGAUUUUACGAGAAGCUUACAGUUUGUGUCAUAGACUUCCAGUCUUAAAUUCCCUUACAUUCAGAACAGAAUAUUACAAUCAAUGUAACGAUGUGGGAUUGAUGACAUACCUUGGAACUUUGACAAAAGGUUGUAACACUAUUAAUCAGUUUGUUAACAAGUUCAACAUUCUCUAUGACAGACAAGGAAUGGGCCGUCGAAUGAGAGGAUUAUUUUUUUAAGGACCUUGAACCAGCAGUAAAAUUGUUUUUGUGAAAUAUCUGGACACGUUUUAAUUUAAACUCUUGUCUUUACAAUUAAGAACUCCUAUGAAAAACAACAACAACAAAAUAAAGCAAUUUAAAAUUCCAUACUUUGUUACAGUUACACUUUCAUCUAAAAAUGCAUUUAAACAAGUGUAGGCUUGUGCUAGACAUUUAAUGACUAAAUACUUUAGUUAAAACUUUGAUGUGAAUAAAACAGGUUAUAAAAGUAG